AUGUUCAUCGCUGGCGUCGCCCUCUCCGCCCUUCUUUGCGCCGAUACCGUCUUGGCUGGUGUUGCCCAGGACCGAGGCCUUGCCGCUCGUCUCGCUCGCCGUGCUGGCCGUCGUUCGGCUCCUUUCAGAAACGACACCAGCCAUGCUACUGUUCAAUCUAACUGGGGUGGUGCCAUACUUGAGGGAUCUGGCUUUACCGCAGCUUCGGCUACUGUGAACGUGCCAAGGGGUGGUGGCGGAUCCAAUGCUGCUGGCUCUGCUUGGGUUGGCAUUGAUGGCGCCAGCUGCCAGACUGCCAUUCUCCAGACGGGAUUUGACUGGUACGGUGAUGGCACCUACGAUGCCUGGUAUGAGUGGUACCCUGAGUUUGCUGCCGACUUCUCGGGCAUUGAUAUCCGCCAAGGCGACCAAAUUGCCAUGUCUGUUGUUGCCACCUCUUUAACCGGCGGCUCUGCUACGCUCGAGAACCUUUCCACUGGCCAGAAGGUUACUCAGAACUUCAACCGUGUCACUGCUGGGUCUCUCUGCGAAACAAGCGCCGAGUUCAUUAUCGAGGACUUUGAGGAGUGCAACUCGAACGGCAGCAACUGCCAGCCUGUGCCAUUUGCUUCUUUCAGCCCCGCCAUUACUUUCAGCUCUGCCACAGCCACUCGAAGCGGCCGGAGCGUUUCUCUGAGCGGCGCUGAAAUCACCGAGGUUAUUGUCAACAACCAGGACCUUACCAGAUGCUCCGUCUCCGGUAGCAGCACCUUGACCUGCUCUUACGUUUAG